CACAUUCCAAUGUAAAUAAACCCUGCCUGUGUCAGACACCUGAACUCCCACCAGAUGUAUAAAUAUGAGGUCAUUCUUAAUAGAAAACCAUUUUCAGUCCAGCAUGAUGCACCUUGCGGUUCUCUUGACUUGUAUUGGCCUCGUCUCUGCCACUGCUCUACCUGAGCAGGCAGUGGAUAAUGACGGACAAAGUGGGAAGGUUGUAGGUGGUUCCAAUGCUCAACCAAAUAAAUGGAAAUGGCAGAUAUCUCUGCAGUUUGAUUCCUGGAACUCAGGUGACUUUGGUCACAUUUGCGGAGGCACCCUUAUUAGUGCAGAUUGCGUAAUGACUGCAGCCCACUGCAUCCUCGACUUGGACGUCAAGAAAUACCGUGUGGUUUUGGGGGAAUAUAACCUCAGUAAGAUUGAAGGCCGUGAGCAGACACGUAGUGUGAUAUGGAUUAAAAUUCAUCCUGGCUGGACUAACGAUCUUGCAAACGGAAAUGAUCUUGCCUUGAUGAAGUUGGACUCUCUGGCCUAUGACAAUGGUUAUGUAGCCAUUGCAGAUCUGCCUUAUCCUGGUCAAGUUUUGCCCAAUGGCUUUCCUUGCUAUAUUACAGGAUGGGGCCUUCUGGCUACUGGUAGUUAUAUGCCAGACAUCCUGCAGGAGGCGCCCAUUGGUAUUGUGGAUUUCUCUGUGUGCUCCAGUCCUACAUGGUGGAGCACUGUGGUCAAGAAAACCAUGGUGUGCGCUGGAGGAGACGGUUUGACCUCUGGGUGCCAGGGUGACUCUGGUGGACCUCUGAGCUGCUUCGUUGAUGGCUAUUGGACGGUUCAUGGUGUAGUCAGCUUUGGCUCUUCUGUAAACUGCAACCUGUACACCAAACCAACAGUCUUCACUCGCGUGUCUGCCUUCAGUGAAUGGCUGUAUAAUGAAAGCGCGUAAACAACAUGUUUUGUGGCUGUUGAAUAAAAGACCAAGCAAUCUGUAGAAAUGUUAA